GAAGUACUGCAGCGUGGUCGAGCUCAUGUAAAGUUGCUGGUGCCUGCAGCUCCCAGUCUUAGUAUUUUGUUUUAAAGUUCACUAGCUAUAAAGGGCUGAGCAGUAUUUUACAUCUGGCGACCAGGAAUGUUUGUUCCUCCCUGUGUUGUUCUUGGUUGCAUGACUGGCUGGACUUUCUGCAUGGCGGUUGCAUGCCUAAUGUCUUUUUGGAUUUAUGAGUAAACCGCUGCAGAUAUGGCUCACACUGUGAUUAAUGAGAGUGUACCAGAAAAAGGAGAGGCUUCCUUAAACGGUGAAGAUGAAAAGGAUCCGCAGUCUCCGUAUUCUGUGGAAACCCCUUAUGGCUACCAGAUAGACCUUGAUUUUCUCAAGUAUGUGGAUGAUAUACAAAGGGGAAACACCAUAAAGAAAGUGAACAUUCAGAGAAAGCCCAAAGUGCCCAAAACACUGGCGACCACGAGAAACGCCGGAGGGCAGGUCAGUGGAUGGACCUCGACUGAAUCCCUAUCCUCCUCCAACAGUGAGGACAACAAAUUGUCACCAUCUCUGUUUAUUGGUGCACGGAGCCAGCCAGCUCCUCCAAUAAGGGGCGGUGGGAUUGAAGCUUCUCAGGCGUUUUUAACUGUUCAGGAGAAUAAGCUGCUGCCACCGCCCUCACCGAGGCCACCGAUACACAACUUCCAUGUCGAAAAGACGCUGAUGGAAACACGCCGGAGGUUGGAACAGGAGCGACUGAUCAUGCAGUCCACGUCAGGGGACGCCCGGCGUCCGAGGUUUGCCAGUUUCGGAGGGAUGGGCUCCACCAGCUCCUUGUCCUCGUUCACGGGCUCCACCGGCUUGAACCAGGUGUCCCCAAAUUCCCAGCAAGUUCACAACGGCUUCCAGACCAACGGGGAUUACAAUCCGUACUUCACGUCAUCGAUGGGCAGCUCCAUCCGUCACAGCCCCUUGAGCUCGGGGCUCACCACCCCGGUCACCAACGUCACCCCCACGCACCUGCAGCACAUCAGGGAGCAAAUGGUGGUGGCACUGCGUCGCCUCAAAGAGCUGGAGGAGCAAGUGAAAGCCAUUCCCAUUCUGCAGGUGAAAAUCUCAGUGUUACAAGAGGAAAAGAGGCAACUGGCAUCGCAGCUGAAGAGCCACAAGCUUUCGAGUCAGAACGUGGCUCCCGGCUUCCGGAAGCGGUCCUACAGCGCGGGCAACGCGGAUCAGCUGGAGCCGCUGCGGGGGGAGCUGCACAUCGAUUCCGAGGACGAAAUGGAAAGCUUGGAGCAGAGUUCGCUGCGGAUGGAAGAGUUCAGGCAGCUCACGGCAGAGGUGCAGGCUCUCGAGAGAAAGAUACAGGACAAUGGCAAUGAAAAGCCAGGCGGGGUUGAGCCCUGCGUAAAACAUCUGGCGAAGGCGAGAGAGUUCAGGUCUGUGGCUGUGAGCACAGAUGUAAACAUGAAUGACUUUGUGAUUUACCACCGGUCUGCGAGAUCCUUCAAAGAUGUAGCAGUGGGGACGGUGAGUGAGCAGAGAGAUGUCAGUGUGGGGGUGACGGAGGCGCUGUUAGGUGUCUCCACGGAGGCGGAUCAGGAGAUUGAGCUGCAGCAGCAGACCAUCGAUGCUCUGAAGGAUAAAGUUUACAGGCUCGAGGCGCAGGUCAAAGAAACUAUGCAUCAAGCGGAGAUGAGCAAGUUGAAGUUUGAGCUGCAGGCUGCCGGUUCCUGGAAGAAGGCGGACAAGUGUGCGACAGCGAGACCGGCAGUAUGCAGUGUGUCGGUGCAGGCAGCAGUGCAGACCAAAAGCCAAAUGGUAGGUGAUCACGUGGAGUAUGCAGACGCCUGUGUAGGAAUCCAGCAAGAGACGCGUAGCGUUGGAGUCACAUGCAAGCCCGAUCUCUGUGACGUGGCUGUGGGGCCGGCCAUCCCCAUGGACUGCUGGGUUGUGCAUGAGAAAGUGGAAGUGCAAGAGAAGAAUGUAGGCGGGCACGUUGUAAUGUGCGAUAAGACUGUGACCUGUGGAGUGAACGUGUGCUUCUCAGACAUGGGUGUGAACACCGAUGAGACUGUGGAGGAUCCAGACAUUUCCGGGGGGCCACACAGCGCUCCGCGGGCCAAGGACGUCCAGUCCGUAGGCUGCGGGGACUGUUUGGUGGAUGUGGUGGUUUUCCCAGCAAAAGAACUGGCGUCCUCCAGCACGAACACUGUGGCGGUUAGCACGGCUGAGUUGGCUGUCAUGGCAGCACCACAAACCACCACCCAACAAACGCACACACAAAUAGAUACGUCCUGCAAGUUCACAAACACUGAACAGGUGGCCCACAUGGAGUCCAGCACCAACACCCUCGCGAGCAGUUGCGAUAAAGAGACCAGCACAGCCAUCAUUGAAAUGCGGACGGUGGCUGUGGGCGAUGGUAGAGUGAAAGAUGUCAGCACAGCGCUGAAAACCCGCUCUGUUGGAGUUGGCACAACAGCCACCAGUGAUAUUGAUUUGGAAAAAUCCUCAGUUAAGACCAAAGACUCUGGGAUCGGACAGAUCAACGUUAACGAGAGCUAUUUGGUCGGUCUGAAAACGAGACACAUUGGCUGUGGCACGGUUAGUCCAACCCUUGCAAACGGCAACACAAAAAGCGUCGGCGUAGGCGACGAGCCUGCGUGCGUGGCAGAAGGGGGCCAGCCGGCUGUUCAGGACCCGGCACCACAGUUGCACCAUUACAUUGAGCUUGUGCAAAAGCUGCUGCAGGAACAGCAGACGCUGCUGGCGGAAAAUUACACUGAACUGGCUGAUGCCUUCGGAGAGCCUGGCUCCCACAUUGGCUCUCUCAAUUGCCAGCUUAUCAACACCCUGUCUUCUAUUAGCUCGGCCAUGAAGUACGGGAGCACCGAGGAAAUUAGGAGCGGUGACGCUGUGGACCUCCGUCCGGACAGCGCAGAGAUUGACACAGGUAUAAGUUGUGAGCAUAGUUUGUCUACUAAAAGUACCAGUCUUGUGACCACAUCUCAGUCAGCAAUUGCCACCCGAGUCGAACAGGUUACAACGGUAACAACUAUCGAAUCUUGUGAGACUUUACUACAACAAGACAAUUUAACUCCUCAGACUGAUUCACCAAGUCAACCAGCGACAUCUACCAUUUGUGCAGUGUCUCCUAGCAGUACGGGGAUACUGAAGUCCAUUAUGAAGAAGAAAGAUAGUCCUAAAAAGCAUGAAACGAAUGGCACCAAGAAGAACCUACAAUUUGUUGGUGUUAAUGGAGGAUACGAAACCACGUCCAGUGAUGAUUCCAGUUCAGAUGAGAGUUCAUCUUCUGAAUCAGAAGAGGAGCUUGAAGAACCAGACUCUUGUAAAGAUGAAUUUGAAGGUAAUAGCGAAGAGUCGUCAGAGGGACCUGUUGUACGUCAGCCUGAGACUGAAAAAGAUGUGUCAGGAGAAAGUGAGGAAUUGGACAAAGAGGUGGACAAGGUGGAAAUAAGGGAGAGGUAUGAGUUAAGUGAGAAGAUGGUUUCGGCAUGCAAACUACUGAAAAGCCAGCUCUGUGACCCAAAAGCAAUGGCAAGCAAAGAAGUGAGACUUUGCCUGAACAGUGUCCAGCAUGAAUGGUUCCGAGUGUCUAGUCAGAAGUCGGCUGUUCCCACCAUGGUGGAGGACUACUUGACAGGAUUCAGGGAGAUCUCUUUGGAAGUCUUGAAGCAUGUGGUCAAUAUGGCAGAUGGCAAUGGAAACACGGCCCUUCACUAUAGCGUGUCUCACUCAAACUUCGAAAUUGUGAAGAUGCUUCUAGAUGCAAAUGUCUGCAACGUGAACCAGCAGAACAAAGCUGGCUAUACUCCUAUCAUGCUGGCCGCUCUGGCUGCAGUGGAGACCGAGAAAGACAUGAAAAUCGUGGAUGAGCUCUUUAGUCAAGGAGAUGUAAAUGCCAAAGCCAGUCAGGCUGGUCAAACAGCACUGAUGUUGGCUGUGAGUCACGGUCGGAUGGACAUGGUCAAAGCGCUGCUGCUCUGUGCUGCAGACGUCAACAUCCAGGAUGAUGAGGGCUCCACGGCUCUGAUGUGUGCAAGUGAGCAUGGCCAUGCGGAGAUAGUGAAACUCCUUCUGGCCCAACCCGGAUGUGAUGCCACCCUAACCGACAACGAUGAAAGUACAGCCUUGUCCAUUGCUCUUGAUGCUGGUCAUAAAGAUAUAGCAGUCUUGCUGUAUGCUCAUGUAAACUUCUCCAAAGCUCAGUCACCGGGUACCCCCAGAUUAGGAAGAAAGACGUCUCCAAGUCCAACCCGACGAAGCAAGUUUGAGUGAUUUCUAUCCGCUGUUGCCCCCAACCCUGAACCAAGCUGCUAUAUAUUCCUGUUAACGUGGACAGAUACUGAAUGUAAAUGUGUGCCUGAGCUCACCAGCAAACUUUUUAGCAAUAGUGAAAAAGGUAGCUCUGCCAAUCUGCUGAACAGCAACUAAACUGGAAGGCAUUAUGAUGGCUGGCAUUGUGUAGACUUUGUAAUGCACUCAUCAAAACUACUGCCUCAACCUGUGAUGCUGCAACCAGCUUUCCUAAAGUUUUUUUUAUAUAUGUAAUAUAUAUAAUAAAAAGCUGCCCUAUCUCUCUGCAUGCAUUAAUUAGUGUUUGUAAUCUAUUUUGUCUAUCUAUCGAUCUUUUAAUUGUAAGAAAUGUCAUGUUCUUAAUGGCAUAUUUUAGGACACAUAUUUAUAAUAUUUUGGCGGAGCUAUUCGACUUAAAUUAGCUGCAUUGAAAAUGAAAUGCUAUACAUGUUCAGUUGAAAUAAGGGAGGGCUUGUGUUUUAGAGGCUUCCCUGCAGAAAGAUAUCUCUAAAUAGUUGUUACUUACUUUUAUAUGUCAAAAUGAAAUAAUUUGUAUCUAUUAAAAAUUGAGUCGCACAGAAUUUUCAAACUAUUUUAUACAGACCCUAAUAAAUAAAUUUACAUGAAGAAUUACUUAAUUUGCUAUUAAAUAUAUUGAUUCCUUUAGACAUUGUACACGUCAUUGUAUCUUAAUUUGGUUUUAGAGUGACAUUUGAGGUACUUUUUGUAUAUCCACUUCUGUCCUUCAGUUUAAAAAAACAUGUACACUUUAUUCGUGCAUAUUUAUAAAGACGGCAAUCUAUUCGCAUAUAAAUUUUGUCACGUGUGUAUUUAAAUGUUUGAAGUGCCUUAGACCCUUGCCAUAUUUUCAGAAUAAAAGCUGCAUUAUGCUAAUUCACUAUUCA